UCCUUUAAUUGUUGCAGAUCAACCCUUCCGCUCCAAGGGGAGACACCAGCAGAUAACAUAGGCUGAGUGAACCCAUAUUUAGAGACUAGAGCUGGACUUGAUCCUUUAAGUGUUCAACUAACCUCAUUGUUUUGUAGAGUUUUUCACAGAUCCAGAUAUAAAGGUGAGCGCAGGUCGGAUUGCGGAAGGCUCUGAUAUGUCCAUAUCCUGUCAUUCUAUCCCAUCUCCACCAUCAGUACCAAUACUGUACGCACUGUAUAAGAAUGGAGCAUUGGUGCAGGGAUUCAGUUAUUCCAAUGGAUGGAAAUACACCUCGGCUCAGAAGAAGGACUCCGGAGAUUAUACAUGUGCCGCAAAGACAAUGAUUUCCGAGGCAAAGAUGAGCCAUGUGUUACAAAUACAAAUACAGGACCUCUUCUCUAAACCAGAUAUAACAGUGAGCCCAGAUUGGAUUCCCGAAGGAUCAGCUAUGUCUAUAUUCUGCCAUUCUCUGCCAAAAUCAGAGACAUUCCCCUUACAGUAUGCUUUAUAUAAAAAUGGGGAGAUGGUGAGGGGCUUCAGUCAUUCAAAUGAAUGGAAAUUUUCCUCAGCUCGGAGUGAGGACUCAGGAGAUUAUACUUGUGGGGCAAAGACACCAACGCUAGAAAAAAAGAUGAGCCACGUGUUAAAAAUCCAAAUUGCAGGUAGAAAUUACACAGUACAGAAUACAGUGAGACUGAUGGUGUCGGCCUUCAUAUUCCUUCUGGCUUCAUGUCUUGUCUUCCACCACUUGAAGAGCCACCAGCAGAUGGAACCAACGUCUGUAGAAACAACAGACUAUUUUUACUUCCAAAUCUCUGAUUUGUAACUGCACUCCCUGAAUGGAAUCAUUUAUUUAUUUAUUUAUUUAUUUCUGCCAGUGUUGUCACAGCCACCUGCUCUAAAGCAACACUGGGGGGCCCAUUUACUUAGCUCGAGUGAAGGAAUAGAAUAAAAAAAAAACUUCGAAUUUC